CACACACGUCCAGAAGAUAAAAGAAGCUCCUCGGGCCAGCUGCUGAAUCAGUGCUGUUCGGAUUUUAGGUGGCCGAAGGUGUCCGAGGGGUUCCUGCAGAACAACGGAAGGAAAUCUGCUGUGUGAAUACGUGCUUUAUUUUUGAUCGGAAACACGCCCGACAACGCUUUGCUGGUCGAGAUGGUGCAGAUGAAAUUUCUGCUGAUUGCGGUUUGUUUUCUCAUUCCGGAUGUGAUGGGUGAAUUGGCAAUUCAAAAGUGCAAGAGUGGAGUCUUGCCGACCAAGCUGAUCAUCGACGGAUGCUCGCAGGCUCCCUGUGCGAUCGCCAACGGGCACAACUUGAAGUUCCACGCGGAGUUUGUUGCACCACACGCCACAAGGACACUCACCGCCAUCGUAAUAGCCCGGGUUGCGGGCUUUGCCAUCCAUUACGAACUACCCGAGGAACACCGGGACGGCUGCAAGAAGCUUACCAACGCGAAGUGUCCGCUUGCACCGAAUCAGCGCAUCGAAGCAUCCGGUGAGGUUCCCGUCGAAUCACCGAUUUCAAACGUGAUGGUUAACGUCGAGUUCCAGCUGCACUCGGACACGGCAAUAGCCGUGUGCUUCAGGAUCGAUGCUAAAGUGGUGAAAGGCUAAUAAAAGUCAUAGAUUGGCUGCCGGAAAUGUGUAUAGCAGGAGAUACUUGCGAAACGAUAAAAGCCUCCUGUCCAAAGGGACAUCGU